GGAGUGUGUUUGUGUUGAAGGAAAAUGAUAAUCAAUGUCAAAAUCAUAGGAUUAUCACUGAAAAUGUGAUCAUCUCCUCCGAUUACAAUUUACAACAAUUACUUGAUCCGACCGAUGAUUCACACUACACAGUGAAGUGGAGCGCAGCCUCCCGAAGAAAAGAAUUAAGAAACCCAACAUCGAAAGAAACAAAUAGCAAAACGUGUAAGAUUCAAUCAUUGUUAGCGUCUUUAUUCAAAGUUGUUGCUUUCCAAACCAGAAUCAGAUUCGCUUCGUCGAAGAGGAGAUGUCGGCUUGUGUGAUCACCGUGGCACAGGACGGCACCGGAGAUCGCCGGACGGUGCAGGAGGCAGUAGACGCCGUGCCACUCGGCAACACUCGCCGGACGGUGAUCCGGAUCUCUCCCGGAAUAUACAGGCAGCCCGUGUAUGUCCCCAAGACCAAGAACUACAUCACCUUCGCCGGCAUAAGCCCCGAGGACACUGUCCUCGCCUGGAACAACACCUCCUCCAAAAUCGAGCACCACCAGGGCUCGCGUCUGAUUGGAACUGGAACGUUUGGGUGCGGGACCACCAUUGUGGAAGGGGAGGACUUCAUAGCUGAGAACAUCACCUUUGAGAACUCUGCUCCUGAGGGUUCGGGCCAAGCUGUGGCACUUAGGGUGACAGCAGAUCGUUGUGCAUUCUACAAUUGCAGAUUUCUGGGAUGGCAGGAUACUUUGUAUUUGCACUACGGAAAGCAAUAUUUAAAAGAUUGCUACAUUGAAGGAAGUGUGGACUUCAUUUUUGGAAAUAGCACAGCUCUUUUGGAGCAUUGCCAUAUUCAUUGUAAGUCAGCUGGAUUCAUAACUGCACAAAGCAGGAAAUCUUCUCAAGAGACAACUGGAUACGUCUUCUUAAGAUGUGUAAUCACUGGGAAUGGAGGGACAUCCUACAUGCAUCUUGGUCGCCCAUGGGGACCCUUUGGAAGGGUAAUUUUUGCAUACACAUGGAUGGAUGCAUGCAUCAAACAUGUCGGAUGGAAUAACUGGGGCAAAACUGAGAAUGAGAGAACUGCUUGCUUCUAUGAGUACAGGUGUUUUGGGCCAGGUAGUUGCCCAUCAAAACGCGUGACAUGGGCGAGGGAACUGGUAGACGAAGAAGCAGAACAGUUCCUAAUGCAUUCCUUCAUCGAUCCAGAUCCACAGAGGCCUUGGCUAGCCCAGAGAAUGGCCCUGAGGAUACCAUACUCUGCUUAGGAACUAGGAGGUUAUUCAAGCUCAGAGACCAGAGUUCUCCUCCUCAUAAUCAAGGAAAGGAUAUCUAGGAUUAAAGCCUUCUAUCAGUAUCAGACGGACAAAGCUCUUUUCUUUGGAUGGAUGUUCCCACUUUAUCUGUGACCCUCACCAUAUCAGAUGUCAAAUAAAUUAGUGGGAUGCCUGAUGGUACUACGAUAUACACUACAAUGUUAACCGAUCUUUCACUA